AUGAAGCAGGAAAACAGCACAACAAUCCAGGAAUUUAUCCUCCUGGGAUUUCCAACUAUCAUGGAACUUCAGAUAUUGCUCUUUGUGAUAUUCCUUGUAGCCUACAUGCUGACCACCUUGGAAAAUAUGCUUAUAAUUAUCUUGGUAAAGAUGAACCAUCAACUUCAGAAGCCCAUGUAUUUCUUUCUCAGCAACCUAUCUUUCCUGGAAGUUUGGUACGUCUCAGUCAUUGUCCCCAAACUGCUUUUAAAUUUUCUUGUUGAAAGCAAGAAUAUCUCUUUUGGAGGCUGUAUGACCCAGCUUUACCUCUUCAGCUCCCUUAUUUGUACCGAGUGUGUCCUCCUGGCAGUCAUGGCUUAUGAUCGCUAUGUGGCCAUCUGCAACCCCCUGCGCUAUCAAGUCAUCAUGAACCACCGCAUCUGCACGCAACUAGCCACAUGCUCCUGGCUCAUCGGCUUCUUGGCUUCCAUGCUGAAAGUAUAUUUCAUCUCUCAGCUGCCUUUUUGUGGCUCCAACGUCAUCAACCACUUCUUCUGUGACAUUAGCCCCUUGCUGAACAUGUCAUGUAUUGACAAAACAGUAGCUGAAAUAGUGGAUUUCAUCCUGGCCUUGCUUAUUUUGUUGGUUCCCCUCUCUGUCACAAUUAUCUCCUACAUAUGCAUUAUCAACACCAUCCUGCAUAUCCCCGCAGCCCAGAGCAGGAAGAAAGCAUUCUCCACUUGUGUUUCUCACCUCACUGUAGUUGUUAUCUUCUUUUCAGCCACUCUGUUCAUGUACGCCAGGCCCAAGAGAAUCCAUCCUUUCGACUUGAACAAACUGGUGUCAGUUGUGUACACUAUUGUAACUCCCAUGCUCAACCCCUUCAUUUACUGUCUGAGGAACCAGGAGAUUAAAGGGGCUUUGAAAAAAGCCUUGUGUUAG